AUGUCCUCCAUAGGGUCACAGUGGCCCCCAAACGCCCCCCAAGCCAAGAACUCAUCGGCCCCGCUCCGCCGAAUACGUGAUUUUGGUCGUUGGCUGGUUUUGGCUGAUGGAGGGCUGAUUUUGGGCUGGUUGGGGCGGGUUCAGGCUGGCUUUGGCACUGGAGACUGGAGUUGGCGAAGAUUGGCAGGCAUUGGCGGAUGGAGGAUUUUGCCCUGUCACCCCGUUCUCGUUCCCUUUCCCGUCUUGGAUCUUCGACCCCUAACUUAUCUUUUGAAUGUCCCUCUCUCGACAAUUACCCCCCCAUAUAAUGUCAAUACCAUGUUAGGUGGUAUAUUCGCUUGGGUCUCGCUAUUAUUCGAGCCUUCGGCCUUUCAAGUGCCACUCAUUCAACCUCAACCUCGUCUGAAAGCCGAGGAUUCCACCGCCCUCAAGCCAACCUCCACCAACCUCCCCUGGCAGGACAUUAUAACCGGCGAUUAUGGACACCCUCCGAAGUUGAAAAUCCACGAUCGUGAAAGUAUCGUGAAAUGGAGCUGGGAGCGGAAAGAUGUCACCCAGGAUCUUCCGCCUCGUAUUCGUAGCGGCCUGUACGGCCGCGCCAACGAUGCGACGGAAAUGAAGUGGAUGCGUGAUGGCAAGAGUGUCGCUGCCAUCUACAGUUCUUUGAUUGUGGUUAUCAACCACACUCCGGAUAUACCCUCUAUCGAUAAGAAAAUCACCUUCGCUGUCAACCGAGAUACGGAUGUGCUUUGGAAUGCACACUCCCUGGAACCCUUGCCCGGUGAUCGCCUCGCUGUCGCCACUACCGGUCAACGAGCCUGGGAUGGUAUUCAGGUCUAUAACAUGAGCUCUGCCCUUCCGCUCGAGGACGAGCCGCCCAUCCUGCAGAAGGUCGAGGGUCUCCGCGCCAUUCAUGCCAUGAUCUGGGACGAAGAGGGCCAAAUGCUAUGGGCGUGCGGCACCAAUGUCGCUGCGGAUGGAUCGGACCCAGAACCUGCCUAUGGUGUCAUCCAGGGAUAUCCAUUCGACAACCAAACAGGUCUGCUUCGCGACGAUCCUGCCUUCAAAUUCACGUUCCCAGAAUACUGGGAUAUUGAUACUGAAUGGGGCCACGGAUACAGCUGGUGGUCAGGCCCGCACGAUCUUGUGCCUGUGCCAAAUGAGCGCAUCUUCCUCGUCUCCAACGACAUCGGAGUGCAAACCUUUGACAUCGCGACCAUGUCUUUCAUCCAUGGUUUCCAAGAAACCAUUGACAAAUAUAUGCCCGGGUUUGAGUGCACCUCCACUGAUCGGCAUGGGAUGAACCGCCAGGGUGAAUGGGAGGAACUCCCAUACUCGGAUCUCAAAGGGUUCAGCCUUGCGCCUGAUGGAGCUUUCAUAUACACGCAAUCACUGUGGAAAUUGUUCCGCGGAAACCAUACCAGUCUCGUGGUCGAUGGAGUUCGCACCCAACUCAUGGAGGGGAAUGAAAUCUACCGGUCGCGAUUCUUUGGUGACAUCGAUGGCUGGCCCAAACCGAAGACGUAA